GUUCUCAGUUCUAGCCAUUGCUGCCCCUUUCGCUGCUCUGCACACAAGAUGUCGACCAUUCUUCGGACGCUGCGCAAUCUGAGACGGAUUGGUUUCAAGGAAUAUGGCCACCAAAUGCAGUAUAUUGGUGAUACCAAGGCCGGUACCUUGAUCGGUGUUGACCGCUACGGCAACAAGUACUUCGAGAACAUGGAGGAGGAGCUUCCUCUCCGUACCCGCUGGGUCGACUACAAGGAGAAGGAAUACGACCCCUCGCAGCUUGAGCCUGGCUGGCACGCCUGGAUCUCUUACAUGGUGGAUGCUCCCCCCACUGCCGACAAGAUCAUGCAGACCGGUGUCCGCAGCUGGGAGCUGCCUGAGCACAGGCCCAACCUGACCCUCAGCCGUGCUGCUUUCAAGACCUACUCUACGUGAGUUUCCUCUUGAUUGCCAGUAUUAAAAAUCGAAAGCUAACAAGUGCAGUACCCGCCCCAAGUACUCCGCUUGGACUCCCGUUGCGGCACCCCGGUAGAUG